CUUCCUUAAUUACUCUAUGGCUAUUCCUUUCGAUUGCAAGGGCAACUCCAAUUCCUCAAAGCAUGCUACUCUCUUUUUAGUACUCAUUUUAUUGUUUAGCACUAGAGCAUGUUGUGACGAUCAUCCACGUGCAUCUAAGGGGAUCAAUUGCUUGGAGAGUGAAAGAAGAGCUCUACUUGCCAUCAAGUCUGACAUGUAUCAUGACUCUUCUUACCAGUGGCUUUCUUCUUGGACCGGUUACGACUGUUGCAAGUGGAGAGGAGUCACUUGUGACAACGCCACCAGCCAUGUCAUUAUGCUUGACCUUCACUUUGAUCAAUAUUCUUUACUUCCCAAUGAAAAAAACAUUGGCAGGCUUCACAACUUGAUGCAUUUUGAUGCUUCUACGAAUAACUUGAUGGGGCAAAUACCCUUGAGUUUGGGUGAUCUAUGCAACUUGGAAUAUCUUGCUUUGUAUGAGAAUAAUAUUGGUGGAGAAUUAACAAAUCUACUUGAUGGUUUGUCUAAAUGCCCACAAGGAUCCAACUUAGGGUACUUGAACAUUUAUGACAAUAAGUUGAGUGGGUUAUCUCCUUCAAAUCCCUGGCAAUUAGCUCAACUGGAAUACUUGGAUAUCUCAUCCAAUUCAUUAAGGGGCAAUAUGACUGAUGCUCACUUCUCCAAGCUCACUAACUUGCAGUAUUUGAAUAUGUCUUAUAACUCCUUGAAUUUGAUUUUAUCAGAUGAUUGGCUUCCUCCUUUUCAUGCUCUCUGGGUUGAUAUGAGCUAUUGUCAUUUGGGAACUAGAUUUCCUUCCUGGAUUCAAACGCAAACAACUUUAAUGAGAUUAUGUUUAUCUGGUGUUGGACUCUUUGGACCUAUUCCAGCUUGGUUCUCGGAUUUCAUAUUAGAAAAUUCUCUUUACUACCUAGACUUAAGCUCGAAUGAAUUGAAUGGUGAGUUACCUUCUAUUCUUUGUAAACAUACAGAUCUCACCAAUAACUCCUUUGAAGGACUGACUUUCUUCAGCUUUGUGGGGUAUGAAGUUUUAAAGUUGUCGAAUAAUCAUAUCAGUGGUACUCUUCCAUCUUUAUUUUGCAACAUUACUUCUCUAUUUAUACUCGAUCUAUCCAACAACUAUUUAUCCGGAGAAAUACCAAAUUGCUAUGACUCAUAUCUAUAUUAUUAUCAACUGCUAUUUCUGCACUUGGGAAAUAAUAAUUUGUCCGGACCAUUUCCUUCCUUUUUGAAAAAUUGUAAGUAUUUAGUUACCCUUGAUCUUGGCGGGAAUGGAUUUUCUGGUGAAAUACCAAGGUGGGUGGGAGGGGCCCUCCCAGAUCUGAGGUUUCUUCGUUUGAGCUCGAACUCAUUCCAUGGAGUUAUUCCAAACAGCAUAACAAAUUUGUCUUCCCUUCAAAUUUUGGAUCUUUCCUCCAACAAACUUUUUGGGAGAAUACCUUCAUCCCUUGGCAAUUUCAGUCAUAUGGUUGUUAAACAAAACUAUACUGAGAAUUUGUUUCGAAUGCCUUACAAAGUAGCUACUUAUUAUGAUGACAACAUCAUAAUAACUGCAAAAGGGUCAACCAAUGAAUACACCAAAGCUCUCAGGGUUGUAACAAGUAUAGAUCUGUCGAAUAAUGAACUUUCUGGGGAGAUUCCAAAAGAGAUCACGAAGCUCCUAGGAUUGUGCUUCCUCAACUUAUCCAACAACCAUUUGACAGGAAGGAUUCCAGAAAAUAUAAGCGCCAUGACAGAAUUGGAGUCUCUUGACUUGUCAAUGAACCGUUUAAGUGGAGAAAUUCCAUCCGGACUAUCUACUUUAAAUUUUCUGUGCUUCUUGAAUCUCUCCCAUAAUAACUUGUCAGGAAGAAUCCCAACGGGAAGUCAAUUUUCAACCUUCAGUGGCUCCAGCUAUGCCAACAACAUGGGCCUUUGUGGUGUGCCACUUCCAGAGUGUCCUGGUGAUGAAGCUCAUCAACCACCAUCUAAAGCAGGAGAUGAAGAAUAUGAUGAGAAGCUUGAAAGAAUUCUAGAAUACGCCUUUGUUGUUGUCGGAUUCAUAGUUGGAUUUUGGGCAUAUUUGAGCAUAAUAUUCAUGAAAAAGUCCACAAGAAUUACUCUCUUCCGGAUGGUGGAUAAGAUGUAUGAUUGGAUGUAUGAGUUGGAAGUGCUCAAGUCAAAAAGGUAAAAACGCGCUUAAGCCCUUAGAAUUUUCCAUCUACUUGAUCAUAUUUAGUUGUGAAUGUGAUUGUGUAGGAUGAAAGUGUGGUGUGAAAGUUGAAACUAUAAAAGCUGAAGUUUGAGUGGUAUAAUGAUAUUAUCCUACCUUAUCAUCUAUUUUUCAAAGGAAGGAAAUAGUUACAAAAGACAUCGACUCAACUCCCAACACUACAAAAAAAAAAAAAAUAAGACAAAAUUUGGAACGAAUUUUAAAAAUAAAUUUAUAGUAAAAAUUUUUGAGAUAAAAUCAGGGACGAAAAUUUUUUCGUCCCAAAAUGGUUGAUGCCAACUUUUGGAACGAAUUAUGACUUGUUGCAAAUUUGACAACAAAUUUGAGGACAAAAUUGAUGACGAAUAAAAUUUUCAUCCCCAAAUUCGUUGCAAAAAAGUAUACAAAUUUGCAACGAAAAUUAUUUUUGUUGCAAACUUAGGAACGAAUUUGGGGGCGAAUUCACAUAAUUUUUUUGCCAAAUUUGUCUCUAUUUUUGCAACAAAUUUGGGGACGAAUUCGGUGACAAAUUAUUUUUUGUUACCAAGUUUGUCCCUAAUAUUACAACCAAUUUGGGUCGGUGACAAAAUUUUUUUUGUUACCAUUUUUGUUCCUAAUUUUGCAACGAAUAAUAAAUUUGUUGUAAAACUGACAAUGAAUUUAGCAACAAAAACUUGUCAACGAUUUAAAUUAUCAUUGCCAAAUUCAUUGAUAAAUUUCAUAAGCAUUUGAUAAAUUUUCGUCCCAGAAUUCGUCUCAGAUUUUGGGAUGAAUUUUGUGGAUUCGUCUCAAAUUCUGGGACGAAUCCACAGAUUCGUCUCAGAUUCUGAGACGAAAUCUGGGAUGAAAAUAAUUUUCUGUGCUUCUUGAAUCUCUCCCGUAAUAACUUGUCCGGAAGAAUCCCAACGGGAAGUCAAUUUUCAACCUUCAGUGACUCCAUCUAUGCCAACAACAUGGGCCUUUGUGGUGUGCCACUUCCAGAGUGUCCUAGUGAUGAAGCUCAUCAACCACCAUCUAAAGCAGGAGAUGAAGAAUAUGAUGAGAAGCUUGAAAGAAUUCUAGAAUACGCCUUUGUUGUUGUCGGAUUCAUAGUUGGAUUUUGGGCAUAUUUAAGCGUAAUAUUCAUGAAAAAGUCCACAAGAAUUACUCUCUUCCGGAUGGUGGAUAAGAUGCAUGAUUGGAUGUAUGAGUUUGGAAGUGCUAAGUCAAAAAGGUAAAAAUGCGCUUAAGCCCUUGGAAUUUUCCAUGUACUUGAUCAUAUUUAGUUGUGAACGUCAUUGUCUAUGAUGAAAGUGUAUAUUUAGUUGUGAAUGUCAUUGUGUAGGAUGAAAGUGUGAUGUG